CGAACGGGAAUCGACAUAUCGCCGUCUUCGUUUGGCGCACGGUCGGUGCAUUGCAGAGGUCACUGCGCCUUCUUUCUCUAAUUUCUAUCACAGUGUGUUUUUUUCGACUCUUGCAAGUUUUGUGUGAUUUUGUGAGGAAUUGUGUGUGUUGUCUCGCAAUAAAGGUGUAUUCAUUGGGCGGCGCCGGCCCCACACCCGCCAACGGACCCUCCUACACGCCGCAACCGCCGCCGCAGGGCAACCCGCCGAUGCCCACCAGUCAGCCUUACGGAGUGAUGCCCGGAAUUCCCGGUGGUAAUCCCUAUGUGAUUCCCGGACAGGCGCAGAUUUAUCCGCAGGGCGCUCCGCCCCCCACUUACGAUCAAGCUAUGACCCAUCCGGCUGCCAUCGUAGGACAACAUAUGUACCCUCCUGGUACAAUGUAUGCAGCAGCAGCGGCUGGUUAUCCAACAUAUUUAGGCUACCCUACAUACGCCCCAAUGCAGUAUUAUCCUUCGUUAGGUGCCUAUUCGUACGCCAUGCAACCUGCACAACUCAGGCCUACCAUUAUGAUACCAAAUGGUUACGAUGCCGGCGCCCGUUUCGACGGCAUCGGGCAACCUGUGUUGCCGCCGGCGCCGCCGGGCGUGCCGCCCUCCGCCGCCCAAUUGGCCGCCAUGGCCGGCCACCAGGUGGCGCUCGGUCAGAAAAAGAACACCUUCUUGGCGGGCGGCUCGGACGGUGGUUACACCUUCUGGUAGACGGGGCGAAUUUUUUCGAAAAAAACCAACAAAUUUUUUCGUUUUUAGAUAAUAGGAAAAUCGAAAUUGUUGUCGUUAUAAUUUUUCUCUCUCUCUCUCUCUCACUCACUCUCUUAUUUACGGAACAACAAUGGGGAAAAAAAAAGAAGAAACGUCGGUACGCGCGAUGUAUGUAUUUUUUAUUUUCUAAUUCUAGUCCUUAAUUUACGUUGGAGUGAUUAAUCGAUUUUUAUUGUUUUUUUUUUUUUCGUUUACAAUUCACAAUUUAAACGAACGCGAAACGGAAAUUUUUUUGACGUAUUAUACGUCAUAUAUGCUGUGAUACGUCAAUUGUCGAUGUCAAAAUGGCGUCUGCAUUGUUGUGACGUCUCAUUUAAUAAAAUUUGUGAUACGUCAAUUUGUUGUCAACGUGUCGAAGAAAAAAAUGUUUUAAUUAAAUUUCCGGUUUAUUUGUGAUUUGUAAAUCGUAAUAAGUGAUUCGUUUUCUCUCUUAUUAUUAUUAUUUUUAUUUUAUUUAAAUAAAUUAGGAUAUAGUUAAACAAAAAAAAAACGAUUAAAGGUUAAAAAACCAUCUUAUACAAGUAGGCGAAUAUUAAACAAACGCGUUUUAACGAAACAAAAAAAAAAUAUGAAAAAACAUAGUUAUAUUACCUCACGAUAGCUCUUUUUUAUAUUCAAAGUGAUUUUUUUAAACUAUUUCCAGAUUUGUUAUUUUUUUAUUGUAGUUGUUUUUUUAAGAGUUUAUUAUUUUUUUUAAUCGAAAGUUCAUUAUUUCGCAAUGCAGAAUUGUCUCCUAAAAUAUUAACUUGCUAAAUUAUCCCUUAACUACAAUAGAUAAUUUUAAUCAGGACAAUUCUGCAAUCGAAUAUGAAAUAGUAUCUCUUGCCUAUGGGUUUCGUUAAAUUUAUAAACUGCGAUUUGUUAGUCAAUAAAAGUGGAAAAAAAUAGCAAAGUUUUCUCUUCGAUUUAAACAGAUCGUACACUGAAAGUACAAAGACGGUAGUAUUUUUUUGUUGUUUGGUGGAAAUAUGGAAUAUAUUGAAAUUUGAAAAGGUACUCUAUUCGGAUAGAUUGCUCGAGUAGUUUCGAUUUAAAUUUAAUCAAAAAAAAACUUGUAGUAGUUUCAAGAAAAGUUGCGAUACCAUUCAAAUGAAAUUAAUUUUUAAUUAAUUAUUAAGUAAAAUUGCCAUACAGAGUCGUUGGAAUAUACAAGAGAAAAAAAAUCUCAUCGGCACAUAUCUGUUCGUAUAUGAUUUAAUAAAUUGAUAUUUUUUUUCCUCUUCGUUUAUUCCAACAUCUCAUAUUCCUUUUGCGCAGCUUUUUCUCGACAUUUGCAAACGUUUAAUUCGAUAAUUUUCGUUGUACUGAUUAUUUAUGUUGUUGUAUUUGAAAUGAAAACAAAUCUUUACAAUGAAUAUAAUAUUAUUGUGAGACUGUGAAGAUCUAUUGUGAAAUAUAUUAUGAUAAAAUGUCUUCGCGUUUGAUUCCAAUCAAAAACUAUACUUUUUUAUUAACUUUAUUUUUCGACUAAAUAAGUACAUGUACAUAAUUUUUUUAAUGGGUAAACUACAAUUACACAACAAUUAUAAUUACAACGAGUGCGACGUCUUCCUUUCCUCGUGCUUAAACACUUUUUAAAAUGGAACGUGUUUAAACACGUCUUUUGGUGCUACUUUUUAUUUUAUACCACAAAAAUAGUCGGGGGGGAAAACAACAACAACAACAACACACUAAGUCCGGGAAAUUUCGAUGGGAAAACUCGCUGAGAUUUUUUCCCAUCGACAUUUCACAAUUUCAAUGAUUAAUAGAUAGAAUAUAAUGUAUAAAAUUAAUAGAAAAUAAAUUAUAUAGAGUAUAAUAACGAUUAAGGAACUUUUGCUAAACAUCUAUAAAAUAGAUAACAUUUUC